ACGUAUAUUGUGGUCUUCUGGUUUAUGACAUCGUAGACGGUUACCAUUACCAACGAUUCUAAAGAACUUGCUGCCUCCAUACGGGAGGUAUCAAUUUUACGUCGUCAUAACACAGAUCAUAGCCUAAAGGACAAUAUUUUGAUCAGUUCCGAAAAGCAAUAUCGUAGUUAUAUAAUUACUUUAUAAUGUUAGAAUUGACGUCACAUUUGGCAAGCUGGGGAGCGAUAAAGACGCCAACAUUCUACACAUAGCAUAAGACGAGUUCUACUAAAUACACUCUUGAAUUUAGUACAAUUUGUAUCCGAUGUUCUUAAACAAAGUUGUGGGUGACCUGAAUGAUUGCUUCCGCACACGUCCUAAAAGAAGAAUCUUUUUAACAUAAAUUUCAUCCUAAUAAUACCUGCAACUCCAUUUCCUACCGCAAAGGAAACACAUCGCGUCUCCAACAAAAAGAUCAAUCUGUAAACGCUGUCCAGAGAAACAAUUGCAGAACAAAGAUUUCUUUAAUGUAUUCAAUACCAGGAGAAAUAUAUUUUACUUUCUAUAACUGACAACAAUCAUUCACGAUUAUUUCCUCAUUUAUUUUUGAAAUGUUAACUAAGGACUUUGAUAUUAAAUUUGAAACCUUCAUGAAAAAAUAUAUUAACCACACAAUUCUCUUGAAUUUUGUUUGUACAUAACCUGCAAAAUAAACUUGUCUGCAAAUUAAAGAUCCUUAAAAUUGUAUACACUAGUAUUGCAGGCUUUCUACAAUGAUCUGAUUCUAAGGCCAGUCAUGGUGGGAAACCCUUAUCGUUACCGAGCAGCUCUACAUGAACUGGAGAACAGAAACGCCACUGCGGGAUGUCUGCUGGCACCACUGUUCCUCAUUCCAUUAGCAGGACGACUGUAUAGCAUGGUCACGCUCCUCUCACUAGCGCUGGUAUACGUGGCACUUGUAGUGCCGAUGGCAACAGGCUUCUACUCGGCUGGCUCUCUGUUUGCUAGAAUGAGGAGCAUCGCUGCACACAUGUGGGACAUAGAUAUUCUACACUACAGUGCAAGACGGACAUGGGCCUUGAUGACGUGCCUGCAUAAUCUGUACAUGCGUCUAGACACCAUCCAUACCACCACAAACCAGGUAUUGUUUUUCCUUCUGGCAGAAAAGAUACUGUGCCCAGAUCAGCGCCUGGCAUGCCUGUACUGCCUGCUCUUCUACACUGUACUUGCCUACCUACAGCGUUCAUUAUAUACUCGCCACUGGUCACGGCUGCUAAAUGAAAAUUCAGCUGCAGACUUCAUUAAACUCACUACAGCAUUCAUCAUUGUUAGAUUGGGAAAGGGAAUGGCCAUGAGCAUGGUUCUGUUAACAUUCACCCUGCAGUUCAAUCACCUGGAGCUAACGUACAGUUACGUUGCACUAACGCUUCUGUACUUCCUCCUGUCUCAAUACAAAGGAGCAGCUGGAGAGGAGACUUUUAUCGUCUCUGCAGUGAGACAUUUGGAGCUCCAGGUGCUUGAGGGAUUUGAAGAGUUCUGGGUUCCUCUCGCCAUCUAUGGCAGCACGGUUGCGCUUUCUGUUACACUAACGCUGGCAGCAGUAUGGCAGUUUAACUAUUGGACACUGUGCAUCAUCGUUGGGUAUGCCAAUGUCUACGUGUGUGGGCUACAAGUAUUGGAUCGCUAUUGGGGUCCCCUUGCAGCACAGCGAGCUGUGAUCGCACCCUUCCCACUGGCCACGUUGCAACAGAUCACAGAACGAGGAGACUCAACCUGCCCUGUCUGUCUGGAUGACAUGCACCUCUUUGCAGUCCGCAUCACCCCUUGUUCACACAUCUUCCACGGGCAGUGCCUUCGCAAAUGCAUAAUUCAAUAUGGACAGUGCCCACUCUGUAAGCAGCAGUUGUGACAGCUUAAAAACUGUAAAAACACUUUAGCCUGAUAAAGACAAAAUUACAAAUGCUGUGUGUGGAAUGUGAAGAAGGUAAAGGUGGUAAUAAUUGACGCAUUACUGGCACAGGGAAAAUAUGGACCAAGCUAAUUGUGUUACUGAUACGUUUUUAUAUAACCAAUCAAAUGCAACGUAACAAAGACUGUAUGGUCUUCUGGGUUGUGAUGCAAUAUAGUCUUGUGGGUGUUUACCACUGUUUCUGAAGAACCUAUAACCUCCAACAUCUACCCUGAAGAUUCUUGCAGGUGUGAUGCUUAAAAACCAGCCUUUUUUCUGCUUGAAUGAUAAUGCCAGUUAAUAAUUAUUUAGAAUAUUGAGUACAAUUUCAAUAACAAAAAAUUAUAAUUACCUGUUCAAAUUAAUACUGUAUGAUUGUAUAUAAUUACUAUUUUUAAAUUAAAGCAAUACAUUCAUAUCAA